AUGUCCGUAUUAGAAAGAUGUCCUAAUUCAAGGUUUGACGUUUAAAUGUUUUCUAACAGCACAUGAGUUAUCAAGUUUAAAUAUUUCUCAUCUUAGAUAUUACUGGUUGAAGUUACGAGCACUGGCAAAAGCUCAUGAGUGGAUCAAACUGGAAGAAUUUUGUAAAAGUAAAAAACCUCCCAUAGGUUAUGAGGUAAACCGUAAAUAUUCUAAUUAACAUGCAACAACGGGUUAUGUCAUGAGUUCAGGGAUGUAAGUAUUUAUCUUGUUUUUGUACCUAGCCCUUCUUCGAGGCGUGUUUUGAAUUUGGCAACAUGAAAGAAGCUGAAAAAUAUAUCUCUCGUGUUCCUCUUGAAGAAAGAAUGAAUUGUUAUAUCAGAGUUGGGUAAGAUAUGAAGUUUUGUUUACCGCAGAAAUUUUUCAGUUAAAUAAACUUAUGUGUCAAGUUGUUUCUUUAUCUCCUCGCCGACCGAAGCGAGUACAUACAUGCCGUAUUUAGUUUUCAAAUUUUAAACUCGCUAUCGUAGGAUUAUACCUGUAACUUACUUUACAUAAAUAAAGCACUUCCCUGGUUAAACGAGGACGAUGGUCAGAAUUAAUGAGAGUUGCGACUCCCGCUUGCGUUUCACCAGCAACUGUCAUUGACUCACAUCAACUUUGAACAGUUCAAAUUUUAAUGAGAUAUGAUGAGAGUUCAUCCACUUUUAUGCGACUCGUGUUCUCGUUUGAACUGGAAAUGCUAGUUGAUCAGUUGAUGAAAUUGUCAUGCGAACUCUGGCUUGCUUACCUUCAUCAACUCUCCUCCUUGUUUCACCAGGGCUUUACUCCAUUAUUUGAUGGAUAUAUUGUACCGGGUGUCCCAAAAAAAAGUACUCCGGUUUGAUUCGUAAUAACUUCUAAACAAGUAAAGCUUUUAAAGAGAAAUAACUUGCAUCAGAUAGAGGAAGGACUAACUUAGAUUUUGAUAUAUUACAGUUGUAUUUCACUUAAAAAUUCACGGAGAUAUUAAUGUUUAAAACCGGGAGCAUAUUUCUGGACGUGUCUGAAAUAUGCAAAAAACGGCGUAUCAAAUAUUAAUCAAGAUUUGCCCGACUGAAACAUGCACUAUUACCAGUAAAUAAAUGACACUUGACAAAUUGUUUAUUAUGAAACAAAGUAUUAUUAUCUACAAAAUACAAACAAGAUUUAUUCAUCCGAAAUCCGCAUGUGUUCCUAGCACGAAUAUAUACGUUUCCUUAUUUCAUGAGACCACUGCAUCGCGAAGGAUCGUCAUGGAUCGUUCGUAGUUCAGAAUUAGGGCAUGCUGUCACAAUGGAAUUGUGAAGCUCUUCUAACUUCUGCAACGUUCUGAAAUCUUGUUAAGAACACCCAUACUCUUUUGCCUUUUCUUAAUCUUGGCAAGUUCAGAAUAAACUGAGAAUGAAACACAAUCAAACCAUACAACUCCAUAAGACAUAACAAGCAACUCCCCAGAGACAUCCAACAUUUUUGGAACAACUUGCAUGGUCUUUCAUGUAUACCCUUUAAGUUUGUAAAGACCUAUUAAAUACUUGCAUAAUUUCAAGCGUUCAUAUUUCAGGAAACAAUGAGCUAAGACUUACAUGUAAGAUGUCUAAAUCUACGCCAUAUCCCUUACAAACCCUAACGACAAUUCGCUGAAAUACAAAUUAUCCUGAUAUGUCAUUAAGCAAACAAACGCUGGAGUUAAUAUUUGAUAUGCCAAUUUUCGCUAAUUUUAGACACAUCCCAAAAUAUGCUCCCGAUUUUGAACAUUAAUAUCUCCGUGAAUUUUUAAGUAAAAUACAACUGUAAUAUAUCAAAAUCUAAGUUAGCCCUUCCUCUAUUUAAUGCAAGUUAUUUCUGUUUGAUAGCUUUACUUGUUUAGAAGUUAUUAUAAAUCAAACCGGAGUACUUUUUUUUGGGACACCCGGUAGAUGGAAAUUGUCAGAAAAUUUAUAUUAUUUAGACCUAAAUUUAUAUUUAUUACAAUAAUUUAUAUUUAUUACAACUUUAGAUCCCUGGCAGGUAUUGAACCUGCGGCCCUGCGAUUCUGGUGCAGCGCUCUAACCAACUGAGCUAUAGAGGCCAUGCAGUUGCGGUUAGAGCUCGACAACUGGCCUCUGUAGCUCCGUUGGUUAGAGCGCUGCACCGGAAUCGUAGGGCAACAGGUUCAAUACCUGGCAGGGAUCUAAAGUACUGUUUAAUAAACGAGCAGGAGUGUUUUAUUUGGCUUAAAGUCACGAGCGCGCAGCGCGAGUGGCUUUAGACCUAAUAAAACACGACCUGCGAGUUUAUUAAACGGCUUCAAACACGACUACAAAUUCAAUAGAUAUACUGCUUUAUUAGGCCCGUUUUAUACGUCGAAUUUUGGUCGCGUCGAAUGCAAUUAAGACAAUAGAUAAUGAGAUGAUAAACCUUAUUAAGCUUCAUUAUCUAUUGUUUGAAUUGCAUUCGACGCGACUGAAAUUUGACGUAUAAAACAGCCCUUAGUAUUCUUUAUAUAAAGAAUACUAAUGAGGACACGACUACAAUAGAUACUGCCUUAUUAGUAAUCUUUAUAUAAAGAAUACUAAUUAGGAGUGUUUUAUUAGGUUUAAAGCCACUGCACGUGACAUAUUAUGGUUGAUAUGAUUUGCCAAUAAGCUUAUGAAUUAUUAAUGAGUGUUUGAAGUUGCAUUUUAGGCUUCUGUUCCUGGUUAGGUCUAAUAAAUGUAUAUAAAUUUCCACUCGACAAUUUCCAUCUACAAUACCCUUCAAAUAUUAUUCAUUCGAGUGAGAUGCCAAUAAAAUCUUGAUCUUUACUCCAUUACUACUUCAGUAUGUAAAGUUAUAGUUUUUAUGUUGCAGGAAUAUCGAGGAAGCGGCGAAUGUUGCGUUUAGUCAGAAAAAUGAAGAAGCUUUGAAUAGUUUACUGGGACGUUGUGGAACAAAUAGAACACUGACUUCUAAAAUAGACUCUAUGAAAGCUCAACUUUCACAAAGAAAAUAG